AUGUCUACCAAGAUAGAACGACGGUUUUUAUUCAGGGUGCCUCCACGAGGUCAACGUACAAUGGGCUGGAAGAUUUGGAUGGGCCACUUUGGUUGGCUGUGGCACAUGGUCCAACGAAUCUGGCCGAACCAGCUGCGUAGGGGACCAGCGUUUCCACUCCCGUGCCAGCCUCGAAGUCAAAAUGUCGCCUCAGGGCAAACCGGUGGUGGACUUUUUUCCAUAAAUGUGGCCUACAACCUUAUUGACUCAGUCACAUCAAUCCAACAAAUGGACAUUUCAGCCACGAAGCGCACUGCACGAAUAGGACCAUACUGCAAACUUACAAUGGGAUGGAGCGCUAGAAUCAACGUUCAGGCCAAGGCCCUGACUCAAAAGUACCGCAAAGUCUAUGAUGCGUCCGUGGUCCUGGAUGAGGCAAAGCUUCCAAUUCCAGUGGCCCUGGUCGAGGAGUUUGUUCUUGACAAUGACGAUAUGACCGGAGUUCACGAACUCAGGGGAGUAGUCGUUGGCGGGGGUAGCAACGUAGGGGGACGUCUGGUAAUGGAGAGAAGUCGCCACGAGCCAGGCAGCACAAACAAUAUUUUUGCUGGUAUUGGACCAGGUCUCAACGUACGUGGCCGUGGAUUGGUCCUCAAGGAUUCAUUGGUGGAAGCAGGGCCUUCUGGGAGUGAGUGGAGAGUUGCUGUAGUACUUCAUAGAGAAUGGGACAUGGAGCCAUGGCAAUUUACAUGUUACAGCGUAGUGGUUAACCAGCUCACACUAGCCUUGCUCCAACCAACAAUUGCUGCUUCUCUCAAAGGGUGGCUGGCCACCCAAUUCCAGAGGGUGGCUGGCCAUCCAGUACCUUGUCCUACUUGUAUAAACAAUACAGUUGAUGAGCCUCAGAAGGUAUCAAGCCCCACUCCAAGUCCUGAAUUGUUCAUAUCAACCUUCCCAAGUAAUUCCCAGAGAAAAUUCCUUACCUUCAUAGAUAGUUGUUCUACUACCCUUAUAUUCGAUUUGUCAAAGGAUCCUAGUGCAAGUGACCAAGGAGCGUAUUUGGACACAGGGAGAGAGAGAAGACUUAGAAUCUAUGCCAAAAAAGCAGAUGUCGAAUAG